AGGAGGGGUCUCCGCCGAGCGCCUCGGCCCUGAAGCAUGGCAGCCAUCCCUUCCAGCGGCUCGCUCGUGGCUACCCAUGACUACUAUCGGCGACGCCUGGGCUCCUCGUCCAGCAGCUCCGGUGGAAGUGUCGAGUACCCAGGGGAUGCCGUGCCCCACUCCCCGGGUCUUCCCAAAGCCGACCCAGGCCACUGGCGGGCCAGCUUCUUUUUCGGGAAAUCCACCCUCCCAUUCAUGGCCACAGUGUUGGAGUCUCCUGAGCACAUGGCAGAAUCCCCCCAGGCCUCCAGAAGCCCGAUCACCUGUGGCCUGGCUCCUGAAACCAUGAAGAAGCAUCCAGUCGUCCAUCCUGGCCAGAUCAACACCAGGGCCCUGUCCUGACCUGUCAGAAUCAGCAGCCUGCCCAAGCUUAAGUGGUGCUGGGCCAGAGCCUACCCUCUCAACCCUCCCUGUAAACUAGGAAGGCUG